AUGACGACACCACCAACCCCGCAACCCUUCCGGGUCCUGCUCUUCAGCAAAACAACCGGCUACCGCCACGACUGCAUUCCCACAGCCGUAUCCGCCCUCCGCGAUCUCGGCGCCCGCACCGGUGUCUUCACCGCCGACGCCAUGGAAGACGCCGAGACCGCACUCACACCCACCUCCCUCGCCCGCUACAAGACCGUCGUAUUCCUCCACAACACCGGCACCGACGUCCUCAAUGGAGCGCAGGUAGACGCGCUCAAGGGCUACAUCCGCGCGGGCGGCGGGUUCGUGGGCGUGCACGCCGCUGCGUCGGGGCUCAAGGGGGAUGAGUGGUACGGCAAGCUCGUCGGCGCGCAUUUCGAUUUCCACCCGCCGCCCGAGGAGGGCACCGUCGUCGUGGAGGACGAGGGGCAUUUCAUCAUGGGAGACUGCGGCUGUGAGAGGAAGAGCUGGAUGGACGAGUGGUACGAUUUCACGUCGCACCCCAGGCGGAACGAGAACCUCCACAUUCUGGCCCGGGGCGACCCGUCGAGUUACUCCGGCGGCGCCAUGGGGGAUGAUCACCCGCUUGCAUGGUGUCAGGAAUUCGAAGGCGGCCGGUCGUUUUACACUGCCCUCGGCCACUUCGACGAGGCUUACAAUGAUGAGUGGUUCAUGGGCCAGAUUCUCAGGGGCAUUAUUUGGACUGCUCGCGCCGACCAAGGGCGGGCGUAG